CUCAAGAGGAAAAAAAGAAAAUGCUGACAAUUUUUUAUAUACUGCUCCUGAUCGAUUUUGGGCGAUGCUCAGAUCAUCAGAUCUUUGACACCAAAAAUGUUGCUGUUGGGCAAAAUGUGACUCUAAAUUGUUCCCGGGAUCAUCGUUGGCUUUUAACAAACUUAUUUUGGAUCAGACUUGCUUCUCAGAGCUUUCCUGAAGUUUUAGGAUCAACAAUAUCUCAUAAUUCUCCGACUAUUGAAAAGACUCAUCAUAUUACAACAAAACAAGAGCCUGGAACUUUUGUUCUACAUCUCAACAGAGCACAGUUAACCGAUACAGCUGUUUAUUACUGCAUCAAAGAAAGUCAGCUAACCAUGACAUUUUUGAAAGGAACAUUUCUUAGAGUCAAAGGACCUGACCCAGGCAUCACUGGUGUCACUCAAGACUUUUUGUCUAAUCCAGUCCAUCCAGGAGACCCAGUAACUCUGCAGUGUUCAGUCCUCUCUAAUUCUGAGAACAGAACAUGUACAGAAGAUCACAGUGUGUACUGGUACAGAGCCAAACCAGAUGAAUCUCAUCCUAGUUUAAUUUAUAGUCAAGGAAACAAUAGUUAUGACUGUGAGCGGAGUCCUGAGGCUCCCUCCCAACAGAAAUGUGUCUACAGCUUCUCCAGGAACGUCAGCUCCUCUGAUACGGGAACUUAUUACUGUGCUGUGGCCACAUGUGGAGAGAUACUUUUUGGAAAUGGAACAAAACUCGAUAUCAAAGAUUUGCAGAAGACCAACACCGUUGUCUUCCUGCUAUGUGUUGCUCUCAGCAUAAGCCUGAUUGUUAUAGCCUUCCUCAUUUAUACCAUCAAAGAAAAAAACAAAACCUCCGUAUAG